AUGAUUUUAAAGGAAUAUUUACGUAACGCCUACAUUACAGGCGUCCACUAUUUGGUGCGAUAUAAAAUACAUUGGACAGAAAAGUUGUUUUGGGUUAUUUGUAUACCACUAUGCACGCAAGUUGUUACUUCUCCAGAUGCAGCAAGUUUAGCGAUAGAGAAUAGACAGUGUAGAUAUCCACAAGAGAACAAUUUAAAGUACUUUUCCUACUAUACGCAAUCUCAUUGCGAAAUCGAAUGUUUAAUAGAAACUCAAAAACAACGAUGCAAUUGUUUUGAACAUGUUCUUCCCUUUUCAGAUCCAACCACUGAAUGUGAUCUAAGUGGUUUAUUAUGUCUUGAAGACCAUCGCGAUGAUAUUGUAGCAACUACUAAACGUUGCAAUUGUAUUAGAUCUUGCGAUGAGUUGGAAAUCAAAGAAGUUGGAAAGUUGCGCUAUUCAGAAGCAGAAAAACUUAAACUUAAGUUUCCUCCGUACGAUUUGCUUAUUUUACUUUUCCAGUUAUUAUAA